CAAUGCUGCCAUGCCACGCUGAGAGCUAAAGAGGGACAGUUCUCUGCAUCCAUAAAAUUAGCAGAUCAUUCCCCCGUCUCAGUCUUUAUGUUCAUCCUCUAACAUCCAUAUCCACCUUCCCUAACCAUGCCAAAGAAGAAACAAAUCCUGGAGCUGCCCUCAGACACUGAGAAGGAGAAGGGGUACUUUGCAAGCUUCUACUUGAACCCAAAGUAUAGCGACCUUACCAUCAUUUGUGGCACCAAAACUUUCCCGGGCCAUCGUAUCAUAGUCUGCUCUCAGUCCAAGUACUUUUCCCAUGCAUGCGACGGAAAUUUUAAGGAAGCGCUCUCCCGGGAAAUUGUGCUCAAGGACCAUGAACCGAUACUGGUCGAACCAACCCUGCAAUAUCUGUACACCGGCAACUAUACAGUAUCGCCUCCUUUCGAUGGCCCUGCUGCUUUCGAUGACCCCGCUGUGGCAACGGAAACUCACCAGAGCACAGAGGAAUUCCUUAAGCGGCAUAUUUCUUGCUUUCAUGCUCUGAUGUACCUUCAAGGUGAAUAUUUCCAAAUUGAUGGGCUUAAAGUACUUGCAAAGGGAUACUUUCGGGCAUCAUUUCUGGGGCGGUGCGAUAUGGAUUCAUUCCCCGCUGCGGUUGAAGAAGUGUAUCGUUCAACAGCCAAGCAUGACCGAGGGCUCAAGGAUUUGGUCAUAGAGUUGAUGAUGGCCAAGCUACGAACUUUCCAGGAUGAGCAAAAGCAAGCCGUCAAAAAACUCCUGGAGGAUAUACCUGAGUUUUCACAUGACCUCUGUGUUGCACUGAUGGAUAGACACGAAUGUCGUUGCGUGGAACCCUAUUCUAUGUAUUAGACAGAGAAAUAUUACAGAUAUAGUGAGUGCAAAUCACAACAAAGCAUAAAUAUAA